CCGCGGCCGGGUUCCCUCCUCCAGCUCCUCGCGUGCUCCUCGCUGGCCCAGCGCCCGCCGGGUUACGCGCCCGCGCGCCUUGGAGGGGAGGAGCGCGGCCGCGGGGGCGCGCCCCGGUGACUCCGCCCCCCCCACCCCGGGCUCCCCUCCCCUGAGUCCCGGGUGCCCGGCUCGCGCGGCUUGGUGCGAGGAGACUGGGACCCCGCGCCGCCCGCCCCCACGCCCCCGCACCGGCGUGCGAGGCGCCGCGCCCUCCCGCUGCCCUGCCCCGUGCAUGGAGGGGCCCGUUCGGAUCGCAGCCGCCGCUGCUGCCGUAGCCGCCGCCAGCGCGCGGGGGAUGACCUGGGGGUGGCUUUCGGAGCCGGCUGCCGCGCAGGAGGUCUGGGGGCUUAGCCAGCCCUGCUGAGAGGUGGUUUGACUGUGCAUGGGAGGAAUUAAGUUCACUUUAAGAUAGGACUUCCCCCACCUCUGCCCCCAUCUGCAAGGUGUAUAUAAAGAGGAAGGCUUUACGUUGGAUUAAGAACUUCUGCCAUAGGGCUGGGCUCUAAAAAGUAAGCCAAGGCCUGGAUUUUGCUCUGGAAGUCUGUCCUGCCCGCUUCUGUAAUCUGGCGCUAUGCAUCCAGUUGCUGGACCCUUACAGACACUGCUGUAUGUUACUCUCCCGAUUCUGUGCUCUUCCGUGCGUCCAGACUUGGCACCUUAUUUUAUUUCUGAGCCAUUGUCUGCCGUCCAGAAACUUGGUGGACCUGUAGUACUGCAUUGUUCUGCUAAACCUGUGACUGCUCGUAUCUCAUGGUUGCAUAAUGGAAAAAGAUUGGACAGAAAUGUGGAACAGAUUAAGGUUCAUCAGGGGAGGUUGACUAUCCUUUCUCUUAACCCCUCCCUUUCGGGUUAUUACCAGUGCAUUGCCAACAAUAGCAUUGGCGCCAUUGUGAGUGGUCCUGCAACCAUAUCCGCUGCAGUUCUUGGUGAUUUUGGUUCAUCAACAAAGCAUGUUAUCACAGCAGAAGAAAAAAGUACUGGUUUCAUUGGCUGCAAGGUACCAGAUAGUAACCCCAAAGCUGAGGUGCGCUAUAAAAUCCGGGGAAAGUGGCUGAAACAUUCCACAGAGAAUUACUUAAUCCUUCCAUCAGGGAAUCUUCAGAUUUUGAAUGUAUCCUUAGAGGACAAGGGAUCAUAUAAAUGUGCAGCUUUUAAUCCUGUCACACAUGAAUUAAAAGUUGAACCCAUUGGCCAAAAGCUCCUUGUGAGUCGCCCUUCUUCAGAUGACUUUCACAUUCUUCACCCCACCCUUUCACAGGCGUUAGCUGUUCUCUCUCGUAGCCCUGUGACCCUGGAGUGUGUGGUAAGUGGGAUCCCAGCUUCUCACGUGCGCUGGCUGAAGGACGGUGAGGACGCUGUGCUGGGAAGCAAGUGGAGAAGGUUGCAUUCACAUCUUGCCACGGACAGCAUUGAUCCGGCGGACUCUGGCAACUACUCCUGUGUGGUGGGAAACAAGUCUGGAGACACCAAACACGUGACUUACGUGGUGAAUGUACUUGAACAUGCUUCCAUUUCUAAAGGACUGCAGGAUCAGACAGUGUCUCUGGGUGCCACUGUACAAUUCAUGUGUGAAGUUCAUGGGAACCCAACCCCCAACCGUACCUGGUUUCACAACGCACAGCCCAUUCGUCGUUCCCCACGACAUCUAACUGUGGGAAAUGGAUUGAAAAUCAGGGGUGUUACCAUGGAAGAUUCUGGGCUGUAUCAGUGUGUAGCAGAUAAUGGGAUUGGAUUUAUGCAGUCUACUGGGAGACUGGAAAUUGAAAACGACAGUGGACUCAAGCCUGUUAUAAUUACAGCACCAGCAAGUGCAGAGGUGGCCUCUGGAGGCUCCGUGACUUUGUCCUGCAAUGCCACCGGGGUGCCGGUUCCAGCCAUUCGUUGGUACGACAGGCAUGGAUUGAUAACCAGCCAUUUGUCUCAAGUUCUUAGAUCUAAAUCCCGAAAACCGCACUUAUCAAGACCUGGGGGUUCUGACCUGGAGCCUGUGUACUUCAUCAUGUCCCAGGCUGGCUCAAGCUCUCUAUAUAUUCAGGCUGUUACUCGGGAACACGCUGGGAAGUACACCUGCGAAGCUGCAAACGCACACGGCACUGCACAGUCGGAAGCUGUCCUCACUGUUGUUCCUUUUGAAACAAAUAUAAAAGCAGAAAUAGUCACACCUUCUGAUCCCACUCAGAAUGAUAAAAGUGAUGGUUCAGAAACUGGACUAUUGAGCUCAUUUCCGUUGAAGGAAUAUUCCAGUGCUACAGAAUCGUCAUCAGAGAAAAAUGCUAGUGGUACCUCUGUCCCCGAUGCCCCCAUCAUUCUGAGCCCCCCACAGACGCACACACCAGAUACGUACAACCUGGUCUGGAGGGCGGGGAAGGAUGGCGGGCUGCCCAUCAAUGCCUAUUUUGUGAAGUAUCGAAAGCUGGAAGAUGGUGUUGGCGUGGUGGGAAGAUGGCACACGGUUCGAGUCCCAGGAAGUGAAAAUGAGCUCCAUUUAACGGAACUGGAGCCAUCGAGUCUCUACGAAGUUUUGAUGGUGGCAAGGAGUGCAGCAGGUGAAGGACAGCCUGCCAUGCUCACCUUCCGAACCAGCAAAGAGAAAACAACAUCAUCCAAAAACACCCAGGCCUCCUCACCACCUGUCGGCAUCCCUAAGCGCCCUGUUGUUUCAGAGGCUGCAGACAACUUUGGAGUGAUACUCACAGAUCCCUCCAGGCACAGUGGAGUCCCAGAGGCACCUGAUCGGCCCACUAUCUCCACUGCAUCAGAGACGUCCGUCUAUGUCACUUGGAUUCCUCGGGCAAAUGGGGGGUCUCCAAUCACUGCCUUCAAGGUCGAAUAUAAACGGAUGCGGACUAGCGAUUGGCUGGUGGCAGCUGAAGACAUUCCUCCUUCCAAACUUUCUGUGGAAGUGCGUAGUUUAGAGCCAGGUUCAACAUACAAAUUUAGGGUCAUUGCUAUCAACCAUUAUGGUGAGAGUUUUCGGAGUUCGGCCUCUCGUCCUUAUCAGGUGGCUGGGUUCCCCAAUCGUUUUUCUAACCGUCCGAUAACUGGACCUCACAUCGCAUACACAGAAGCUGUCAGUGAUACUCAGAUCAUGCUCAAGUGGACGUACAUUCCAUCAAGUAACAAUAACACUCCCAUUCAGGGAUUUUAUAUCUAUUACCGGCCAACAGAUAGUGACAAUGACAGUGAUUACAAGAGGGAUAUUGUAGAAGGUUCAAAGCAGUGGCACACGAUAGGCCACCUGCAGCCAGAAACCUCCUAUGAUAUUAAAAUGCAAUGCUUCAACGAAGGAGGAGAGAGCGAGUUUAGUAACGUGAUGAUCUGUGAGACGAAAGUGAAACGGGUUCCUGGAGCUUCUGAGUAUCCUGUCAAAGACUUGAGCACCCCUCCAAAUUCUUCGGGGAGUGGAGGAAAUGCUGGGCCCGCAACCAGUCCUGCCAGAAGCAGUGACAUGCUGUAUCUGAUCGUUGGCUGCGUUCUGGGUGUAAUGGUGCUCAUCCUCAUGGCUUUCAUUGCCAUGUGCCUGUGGAAGAACCGCCAGCAGAAUCCCAUACAGAAAUAUGACCCACCAGGCUAUCUCUACCAAGGGUCAGAUGUUACCGGGCAGAUGGUGGAAUACACCACUCUGCCUGGCACAAACCGAAUAAACAGAAAUGUGCAUGGAAGCUUCAGCAAUGGCUGCUCCCAUCUCCACCAUAAGCUCCCCAAUGGAGUCAGCGGGAGCUUAAGUGGAGGACUCUACUCUGGGCGCACAAGCUCUCUAACCAGGACAUGUGUGGAUUUGGAACAUCCGCGUCAUCUAGUGAAUGGCGGUGGCCUGUACACGGCAGUACCUCAGACCGACCCGAUGGAGUGCAUUAGUUGUCGAAAUUGUCGGAACAACAAUAGGUGUUUCACCAAAACCAGCAGCACUUUGGGCAGCAGCCCCCUUCCUGUGGUCCCAGUGGUAGCACCUUAUCCUCAGGAUGGUUUGGAAAUGAAGCCCCUCAUUCACAUGAAGAUGCCUGUAUGUCUGGCUUCCACAGUCCCCGACUGUGGUCAGUCACCUGAGGAGGGCAUCAAAGAUGACAAGGCACGAAGACCUGCUCAGCACAUUUGCUGUCAAGACAAAAGAAAUGAGACCAACUCUGAUUGUGUGGAAGUUGCAGCAGAGUUCAACAGAGGAGACAGCUGUGUGCCUUCAGAAACAGAGAACAAAAUUUUAAGUUGGAAUCCUCUUAUUUUGCCACCUGUUUCAAAGGACUGCACUGAAAAGACACCAUGGUCUCCUCCUGGCAUUCCUGUAGACAGCCCUUCAGGGGUCCUUCAGCAAUCCCAGGAAACCUGAGGAUGUGGCAGUGCCUCGUCAUGUUUCCACUUCAAGCCAGUAACUGCACAAAACAGGCCUGGGGAUGGACUGUGUGAAGGACAUUAAUUCAAUUCAGAGAAAAAUCGUUAUUUAUUUUUUGUAGUAGUAAUGUCAUAUGAAUGUAUCUUAAAAUGUGUGCCCUUUUAUAUUAUUUAUGCCUUAAAAGUUUCCCUCCCUAUUUCUUCCUCCCCCUCAGUAGUAAACAACCUGGUUUGGCAUAGUUUUCAAUCAUAUGAGAACAGUGGGAUCAUUCCACGUUGUCCAAGAGCCUCAGCGACAGUAAGAGCCCCUCCUACAAGGAUCCCACCUAUUGGCUGACUCAGCUAAGAGAGAAUUGCACAGGCCGUUGGAACUUUUCAGAUGGAAAGCUGUCUUUCACUAUCAUGUCAUCAGACUUUCUGAGAACAUUUGUAGUCAACCACAGUUUUAGCCUGAUGUUUGUAACAACAGAUGUCUUGUGAAUUUGAUGAGUGCCUUCCACAGAAGUGAUAGUUGACCUGUAGACUGUCUGCACAUGGGCACAAGUUAUGUCCAGCUUUCUAGGCACUAAUCACAAAGAGUGUCAUGGACAUGGUGGUGGUUAAGUCUGGUUGGGUUAUUGCAGAAGGCAGAAAGGGAGCCAAGGCCAGAGAGAAAAAGAAUGCCUACUAAAAUUUAAAAUUGCAUUUGUUUAUAACAUGGUCACCAUGGGGCUCUUUUUGACUGUUUCUAAGAGUAAGAGCAAAAUAAGACUUUCUAGUGGUGACUGGAAGAGAAAGAUCUGCAUUUUAAGAAAAAAGGGAAGGUUCCAGGGGGACUGUCUCGGCGGAAGCUCUCCCAUUAGUAUAGGAUGUGUCAUGGUACCACAGCCCCUGAAAAUCGAUAUUUUCUGAUUUCCAGCUUGGGCAAUACCUGGAAGAUGGGAGUGUCGGAAAAGAAUCUGGAGGUUUGAAGUUUCCAGACGUUUUUUCUGAAUGUCAUCGUUGUAACAGGCACCUAAAGCUUUGAUUAACAGAGCUCAUACAUCACAAUUACUGCUGCCUCUGAGUGACAAGGACAUUUGCAGCUGCCGUUGGAAGGCUUUUCUUCUCCACAUCUAAAACAAAACAAAACAACACUCUAAGUGUAUUUAAUAGCUUGAGUCAAGCUUCAUAGAUCACUGCUCUUUUCUGGAUUGUGCAUCCCUUUGGGGAAGAAACAGAUUCUACCUAAGAGUCAAGCAAUUCCAGCACAAGUGGAAAAAUUUUACAGUUUCCCAACAAUUGCAGUGAAAUAGACUAGAAUACUGUACUAAUCGACUUUCUAUAUAAAUGUGCAUCAGUAUCCCCUUACAUAUGUCUAUAUACUUUAUAAAUAGAACUGUUAGUGGAAUGUGCGUUGUGAGCUGGGUCACUAUGCAAGGAUUACUUUGAGUAGAAUGUAGUGGAUAUAAUUUCAUAGUCGGGUAUCAGGGAUGCUGCAGAGUCAAGUUCUCCAUUCCAGACGUCCAUGCCUGCAGUAUACUGGAUUUAUUCUUCAUGUUGCUUAGAUGCAGUUAGCUUUGGAGGGGGAUAGCUGUGACCCUCGCUUCUGUGGCUAGCAAAGGACAAAGUCCUAGCACACAGAACAUAAAGACAUACCCUGUGUUUGCCAGUCAGGUUACGGCAAUACAGUCACAAAGGGAGUUUUAGAAAACUGGGGAGUAAAUGUUUGUAGGCAGUCAUUUUGAUUCAGGAAACAGAGGUGUAUUAGCAUGAGCCUUAGGUCAUAAACUGCUUUUAAAGAUUGACUUUGAAUAUGGGAUUUGUCCACUAGGAAGAGAAAACAACUUUACCUUUAGGGCAAUCUCAUUGUGGACUGCUUUAUUUAUAUUAUUAGUAACGCUGUUUUAAGUGUUAUCCCUUUUAUUGUAUUUUAUUUAUAAAAAAUGCCUUUAUAUAUUGAGAUAUAUAAAUAUAAAUAUAUAUAUAUAUAUAUAAUUGCCUUCAUGUUUAGGAGUUAUGAGUGCUCUCUAGCCAUGAGUUGUUCUGAACUUUUAGCCCUGCGCAGUCACCCAAGACAGUCCUACCUAAUGUCACGUGCCAGGAAGUCAGAGGAAAGUACAGCGUGGGCGAUGGCUCUAACAUUUGUGAAGUAACUGCUGUGUACCAGGCACUGUGCUGGUGCUUGUGACUGCUAUCUCAAAUCUUACUGUUAAGACACAUCUACAAAGUAGGUGGUAAAGUCCCCAGGUCACACAGGUGAGCCACAGAGCCUGCAUUUGAACUUAUCUGGAGCUGUAAUCUGAGCUCCUUCCGUUUUUCCAUACUGCUUUCCGAAAGCAUCGUGGUUCACUCUCCUGAUGGAACUGGUCCAGUUCUGUAAGCCCUGGUCCGCCCCGCCAUGGGAUUCCUCGGAUGCUCUAACUCCACAACUAGAGAAGCUGCCUCUGUCCUCCAUGGGCAGAGCUCUGAGCUUAUUGCCUGGUCUUCCCGGGGCCCUCAUUUCUCUCCAUGACCCCCCUCACUACCAGCCCCGCACGGGAAUUUGACCUUCUCUCAGCCUAAUAGUGAUCCUGUAAUCCGUCAGGCCUCUUCGUGUUCCUUCUCCUCUUAGAAUUCGCUGUGAGUCUUUGUUUUAGCAUAAAACUCACCCCACUCCUACUAUAUAAUUUCACUAGCUUCUUUUUUUCCUUCUUUUGGUUAUGCACUGAUCAUCUGGUGAUGGGUGCUCUACAAGAUGUAAGUGAAAUGGCAAUGUUUUAAACCUUCUGAAGUGGUCUUUAGAAAAAGCAUCUCUUUCUGGGUUUUGUUUUUGUUCAAUGAGUCCUCGAGGACCAAUACAUCCUUACUAAGCUGAUUGUGAUGCAAAUCUCAUUCCAGCUACAGUACUGCCAAGAAGUUAACUUUAUAACUGAAUUUCAUCUGUGUUGCUCUCUUUUAAAGCAAUGACUUUUAAGAUGCAUGUUUUUGUAUCAUAUUGAAAAGUAUGUUUUAUUUUCCUUAAAGUGGUAAUAUUAUGUUUGAAAUUGUACAUAUUUUAAAUGAUGUAGCUUUGACAGGUUUUAUUUUGUCGAUUUGAUUUUAUAUUAAAAGAGAAUGCUGCUUUCAUGUAGAGUAGCAUGUGAAGAUGGGGA